UGCGCGGUGCGCGCACUGCGGAGCGGCGCGGGCAGCGCGGGCGGAGCGGGGCGCGGGGCGCGGGCAGCGGCGGGGCGGCCGCGGCCCCGCACGGCCCCGCACGGCCCCGCCGGGACACGGCCCCGCCGGGACACGGCCCGGCCCCCAGCCCCGAGGAGCAGAGGUGUGAGGGCUCGCCAUGCCGCUGGUGAAGAGGAACAUCGAGCCCCGGCACCUGUGCCGGGGGGCCCUUCCCGAUGGGGUGACGAGUGAGCUGGAGUGUGUCACCAACAGCACGCUGGCUGCCAUCAUCAAACAGCUGGGCAGCCUCAGCAGGCACGCAGAGGACAUCUUUGGAGAGCUGUUCAACGAAGCCAACAGCUUCUACAUGAGGAUGAACUCACUGCAGGAGAGGGUGGACCUGCUGGUCAUCAAGGUGACGCAGCUGGACUCCACUGUGGAGGAAGUUUCACUGCAGGACAUCAACAUGAGGAAAGCCUUCAAGAGCUCCACGGUGCAGAACCAGCAGGUCGUGUCCCGCAACUCCAUCCCCAACCCGGUGAUGGAGAUGUACCAGCGCUGCGACAAACCCCCGCCCCUCAACAUCCUCACGCCCUACAGGGAUGACAAGAAGGAUGGCCUCAAAUUCUACACCGACCCCUCCUACUUCUUCAACUUAUGGAAGGAGAAGAUGCUGCAGGCGACAGAAGACAAGAGGAAGGAGAAGCGCAGGCAGAAGGAGCAGCGGCUGGUGGAGGACUCCACCCGGGAGGUGAAGAAAGUGAGGAAAGCCCGCAACCGGCGCCUGGAGUGGAACAUGAUGGCGUAUGAUAAAGAGUUCCGGCCGGAUAACAGGUUCUCACCAUCCCCCUAUCACAUGGCGUCAUCGGAAGGAUCACUGUCCCCAGAUAAUAGGUCCUACGCGUCGGACGCUGCCGACCACUCGUACCCGGCCAGCCCCAACCACCCCGCGCAGCUGCUGGCCCCGGCGGCCCACCUGGCCCCCGCGGAGCACAAGGAGGGGCUGGCGGCCACCAACCCCCCCGAGCACGUGUUCCGGCCGGCCGCGGGCAGCCGGCAGAACAGCCUGACCCGCCUGCAGCAGCCCCACGCCCCGCCGCCCCCCGAGGCCGUCCUCAACGGGCCCAGACCGCACCUCGUCAAGGAUUACGGCCCGCAGCCGGUGCCCAUGGCCGAGUACUUCGUGCCGCCGGCCCCGCCGCCGCCGCCGCCCGUCAUCCCUUCGGCGCAGACCGCCUUCGACAGCCCCAUCUCGGCUCCCCCCGCGCUGGCCCCCGGCUCGGCCGCGGCCCCGUCCUACGCCCCGUCGCCGCCCCCCGCGCCGCCCGGGCCCUACUCGGCCUCGCCGCCUCAGAGCGGCCCCCUGGGCCCGCCGGUGGCGCCGCCGCCGCCGCCGCCCGGGCCCCCGGCCGUGUCGGCCUCGCCCGCGCACUCCGCCUCGCCGCCCGCGCCCGCCGCCGAGCCGCGCAAGCCGCAGGUCCCGCUGAUGCCCAUGAGCGACGCCCGCAGCGACCUGCUGGCCGCCAUCCGCAGGGGAAUCCAGCUCCGGAAGGUCCAGGAGCAGUGGGAACAAGAGGCCAAGAAAGAGCCCGUGGGCAAUGACGUGGCGACCAUCCUGUCGCGCCGGAUCGCGGUGGAGUACAGCGAGUCCGACGACGACUCCGAGCUGGACGAUAACGAGUGGUCGGACUGAGGGCCCCGGGCUGGGCGGGCUCGGGGCUCCAGCUCUGCUCCAGGUGUGUGUGGGCACCUCCAGGUGUGUGUGGGCACCUCCCCAAGGUCGCUGCCGGCGGGAGUGGGCCCCGCUUGGUCAGGAGCUUUGCUUUUACACUAUGUCCAAAACCCUUCGGGCAGCAGCAGCAGCAGCAGCACUGGUAGGAUACACCUCGGAGGCAGUGAGACCAGAAAUUAGCAGCACCUUCACAGUUAAUGACUUCCAGAAUUCUCUGAAGGCAGGUUAAUAGGAUUACUCUGGAUUUGCACCUGGAGCAAGAGUGGAGACUGGCCCUGAGUGUGCUUUGUGGGAGAAGGGAGCCCCAGAGGCAGCAGUGCUUUUCCAGCUAAAUAUUAAUUGUGAUAACGAGAAGCUCCUGGAGAAGAAGCCUUGUUUGCACAGCUGGUGCCACCACGGGAGCCCAGGGGUGGGCUUGGGGACAUUGCUGCUGGUGGUUCUGGGGCCAGGCAGCUCCAAAGGCUGUGUGUGGGCAGGAGCCUCCUUCCACCACGUUUAGUAGCAGUCACACCCCUGUGCUGUUGCUCCCUGGAAAAUCAUGGAAUGCUUUGGGUUGGAAGGCACCUUUAAAGCCCAUCUAGUCCAACCAGGACUGGGACACCCUCCACCAGACCAGGCAGCAUGAGCAGCCUGAGGUGUUGGUGACCUUAGCCUGUAUCCACCCUCAGAGCUGGUUUUCUAGGAGCAAAGGGGAAAGGCAAGGCUGCAGUGGCUGGCAGGGAGACCCAGCCUUGUCUGGGCUUGUCCUGCCUUUUCCAGUGAAGGAGUAGAGAUGUCCAGGGAGCUCCCACAAGCCCAGCUCUCCUUGGCCUUAGAAUGGCACCAUUUCAGUGUGAUUUGGGAAAAAGUGAAUCAGACAAUCUGCUGCUUUCAGGUAAACUCUCAACUUGCACUUUGCAGCCCCACAAACUGUGCCUGUACAAUUGAGAUGAGGCACUGAUUCCCCCUACCUGAUCCUGCUCCAUCCCCUGUCCCAGGUAUGGACACUGAUGGAGGAGCUGGGUGACCAGCCCCUGUUUCAGCACUGAAAAUACCUGCUUUCCCAUCAAAACAGAGCGUGACCCGUGCAAGACUUUUCACAAAGCUACAAAGGAGGAGGCACAGAGGAAGGCAGAGCAAAGGGGUGGGAAAUACUGGAAAUAUCACAGGCAAUAAAACCUGCAGAGAGCUGGGAGAGGUUCCCCACCUGUGGAAAAUGGGCCAGGACAGCUGUGGAUUGGCCAGUGUGGUGUCCCCAGACCCCCUCUUGUGUUCCCCUGUAUCACGAGUCCCUGAACAGGCAAAGCCUGAGCUAUGUGCCCAGUUCUCUUCCCCUCCCAGUGGCCUUGCAGGUGAUGGCUGCUUCAGCAGGAUUUUGGCUAUGUAGAAGCAGCCAGACCUGUAGAAGAGGUGGGAGGGUGUGGAGACCCAAAUGCUGAUGGUUAAAUUCACAAAAUCCUAGAAUGGUCUGGGAUAAAAGGGACCUUAAAGACAUCAUCUCAUUCCACCCCCCUGCCAAGGGCACCUUCCACUAGAGCAGGUUGCUGAUUUCCUGGGAAGUGCUGGUGUUGAGCAAUGUCCCAAACAUCUGCUCAUUUGCCCCCAGUGACAAACCCUUCCUGGCCAGGUGUGGUGAACCCUCUGCCCAGCUGCUGGGAAAUGCCCCAGGAGCCCUCCCUUCUCCUGAGGGGCACAAAAUGGUCUCUUGUCCCUUGGAUGUGACACCUUCCACACCCAGGCUGGGAGCUGUGCUGCUGGGUGGGCUUGAGCAGGGGUGCAGAAGGGAUUUGGGAUGUGGGAGAGGGCAAGGUGAGAAGCAACAGGAUACAGGGAAUAACUCAUCUGCAAAACCCAAGGAGCAGGAGUGACCAGAGGGGCAGGGACACACCGCGCCCUGCAGGUGACCAGGGCAUUCCUGGUGCACACUGAGAGCUCUUGAUUCUGGUUUUGACCCUCUGAGAUGCAGGGAAAUGGCUGCAAGAGCUUUUUACAGAGCCCCUGCAGUGCCCAGGACCUGCUUUCCUUGGGAAGGCAGCUGGGGUUUGGCUGGAGCAGGUUCAGAAGGAGGCAGAGUAAAAAUUCAGGGCAACAGUUAAGGUGGAGUUUCUGGUGGAGCGUUACUAGCGUAGAUAAAAUCACAAAACCGUGUGUAAGAGAAGAGAAAUUUGGUUUAUUUAGGAAGGGUAAUAGCCCUUUGUGAGAGAGAGAAAAUAUCAGGGGCUGGUGGAGCUGCUCUUAUCUCUUCCAGAGGUGGAGGGGCUGCAGAGUGGCUCUGGGGACCCAGCAGAGCUGAGGAGCCUGGGGAGGGGCUCAGGGACACAGGGGACAUCCCUGGCUCUGUGAUGUCCCAGUUCUGCAGAGCUGAGCCAGUCCUGGUGGGAGCUGAGGGCAGCCCAGUGCCCCUGCAGGACCGAGUCCCUUUUCAUGCACCAGUUGCUCUGUGUGUCACACGGGGCCGUGCAAUUGGGGCAGGGCUCCGUGGCUGUGUGGCAGGUCCUGUCACCUCACAGCACCCCUGCUGGCACUGGCAGCUGCCAGGACUGCUGCCAUGACAUGGCAAAGUGCUUGACAAUCACAGGAAGGCUGGGAGGGACCCUAAAGGUCAUUUAGGUCACUCAGGCCACAUCUGCACAGCUGGCAGCCCCAGGGGGGGCAGGAAAGGCUCACCCCCAUUUCCUCACACCACCAAAGUCCCCAGUGGUGUAAGAGCCCCCAUCCCAGCCCGUCCUCAGCCAUCCUGCUCUGCUGAGGGAAAUCCCUGAGAGCACAAACCCAGCUCACAUUCCCAGCUGCAAAGCCAGCAGCACCACGACCUGCCAGCACUGCCAGCUGGUGGGACACAUCCCCACCCUCCUCUUCAGGGACCAGAACUGCCAUGGGAACCCUUCAGCUCUCUUGGUAGCAGGGGUGGGAUCCCCCAUCCCCACCCCAGAGAGGUGUCUGGCUGGAGAAGUGCCCUCAGGGGGGUUUGGACACCCAUUCCUGGUCUGGCCAUGGCACACCCAGCUCCUGCCAACCCUCCCAGCAGCCCCACAGGCAGGGAAGCACCAGGAAUCAUUCAGGUGGGAUUGGACCUGCAGGAUUUCCACACUGGAGCAUUAAGACCACAGUCCCAUGAGAGCCAUUCCAUCCUCAGUGCCUUCCCUUGAGGGACUCAGCCACGCUCCACCACCUCUCUUUGAGGCAGAAUCACCUGCUUUUUGCUCAGGUGACCUUUGCAAUCCAACAGAAGUGACACCAAUUCCUUGGCUGCUCUGGGUGGUGCUGCUGGGAGUGUGCCACACUAAUUAACACUGUCUGUCUGCCCCACAUGCUGCACGCUCAGUGGUUUGUACAUGUGUGCCUAUUUCUGUACAUUCCCCCCAAAGUAGGCCAUGCUGAGUUACACAACCUGAAAUGCUCAAAUCCUCAUGUGGGCUGAUAUAAAAGUGAAUAUUUAAGUAUUUUAUCUAGCUUGGCAGACAUUAAAAAAUACAAUCCAGGUCACAGAUGAUUGAAUUUCUCCUCUCUCAAGAGUGCCAGAAUUGGGCUGAGGAGAUUCUCCUGUACAUUAAGGUAUCGUGUUCCCUGCUGAAAUAUAGCAGUGGCAUUUCAUUGCCAAAGGAUAAUCACAGAGUGCCAAACAUUUAAUGAGUCCAACUGAUCUCCUGAGAGCUCCUCUUUCCAUUUUAUCUGCUUCCCCCUACUUGCCAAUUUAUGAGCAUAGAUUAAAAAUAAUAAAUAUGGCUGUCAACAGCAGGGGGAAAUAUCCUGUGUCCAUACAAACGGGGUGGGCUGGAGUCAGUGGAACAGUCAAUGAGUAAAUCUUGGCUCUGCUUGGAGAUGUCAGUGGAAGGCUGUCACCCUUGAGGUCCAUCAGGAACCUCUUGGACAUCCCAGGUGCAUCUGAAAAGGGACUUUAGAGGGAGCCCGGUGCCCGUGGUGCAGCUGUGAAGCCACCCCAGGGUGCAGGAGGUCCUCUCGGGGGGCUGGGGAUGGGGGGAGCCCUGCAGAGUUCCCUUUGUGUCUCCCUGCUUUGGGGUGACCACUGCAGCUGGCUGGUGGCUCUCAAAGGAUCAGUGGCCUGCAGGAAGAAUGGAUUGGGCAGUUUCUGGUUUCUAAUUCCCCACCCAGGGAGGAGACCUAGGGAGGAGCAAUCACCCAUCCCACCAGGGCUCCUGCCUUUGCAGCUGUUCCAUCUUGGGAAGGUUUUACUCCAGUGGCAAACUUAAGGCUGAACUUGGCUUCUUCACAGAGCUCUUUCCACACAAGAGCCCUCAAAUUUCCUCCCAGCCUCUUUUCCACCUCUCUCUCCCUUCCCAACAUCCUGGACAGAAGCUUUGCAGACUCCCCUGAGCCUGAGCUAACACCUCAGCUUUAAUGACAAAAGGGAGUUUUGCUUGGAGGGAGGCAGGUGGUGGCACUGGAGGUGGCAUUUUGGAGGGGGCAUUGCAGAGGUCCCCAGCUGGCAGGAAUUCUGUGCCACUUCCUUGUGGAUGGAGCAGGGAUGGCCCUGGGAAGCACUCCCCGUGGUGGGAUGCUGGCAAGGGGAGCACAGGCUGUUCCUUUCACCAAUAUUCCUGUUUUUCCUGUAGCAGUAGUUAUUUAGGGGUAAGGUUUUCUCAGCUGGAAUGUCACUUUACAGAUUAAAAAAAAAAUAAAAACAAAAAUAAGGGCAAGGAGUCUGUCCUGAGGAGUUUACAGUCUACAGCAAAGACCAUGUAACCUGCACUGCACUUUAGAAGCCUCAAAUGCUCACUCACCCAUGAAUUUCCCCUCCACUGGGCAGCAGCCCCCUGAGGGCAGUUGUCCCUUCCUUAGUAACCCCUGGCCAGCCCCAGCCAUGUCCCUGCUGGUGACAGAGCCCCCGGGGCUCUCCUGCCCCAGUCCCCAUGCAGAAGUGCCUGAGCAAAGCCCAGGAGAGCCGAGCCCUGCUGGGUUUGUCCCUGUGCCCCUGGGGGCCUUUCCCUGUUGUGCUCCCUGGGACGACCACGGCUGGGCUGGGAGUGGUGCCUGGAGCACCCCUGAGUGACCCUCAGGGCUGUCACCAACCCUGGGACAGCCUCUGGAAAACCUCCUCUUCCAGACAUUCACAACCCAAACCCAGACUUUGAAGUGGUUCCAUCUUUUUGAGAGUCAAAGGGGUUGUUUUUCUGUGUCAAUCUGAUUUUUCUUGGACAAACGCCAGGGUUUUUAGGCUCGCUCUGUGCAGCUCCACCUCCUCCAGGUGAAAAAUGUGCCUGUAUUUUGGUGGUGGAGGGAAUAAAAAACCCAAACCAAACCCCGGAGUUAAGGACUUCAGGGAGGAGGUGUUUGCCUCAAAACCUUCAGAGCUGUGCCCACAGGCAGGGUGGGACACGAGGAUGUCCCCAGGGUGCUGUCACCACCCUGGUGCUGUCACCAGGCUGGGGCAGAGCCUGCAGCAAGGGCUGGGCUCCUGCAGAGGGAAACCCCAGGCAGGAGCUGCAUGGACAACGUCCCCUGAGGGCAGAGCUGAUGUGACAGGACCCAAAGUGGUGUCUGAAUUAGAGGCUGACAGGACCCAAAGUGGUGUCUGAAUUACAGGCUGACAGGACCCAAAGUGGUGUCUGAAUUACAGGCUGACAGGACCCUGAGGCCACCACAGCAGCACUGCUGCUUCACCCUCCCCCUGGGCAUCCUCCGGCAGGGAUCUUCCCAACCUCUCCCUCCUCCCAGGAGCAGGAUUAAAGCUCUUGCUGGUUGUUGUGAGCCCCAGUGGUGUGCAAGGAGCCUUUCCCUGCAUGCUGCUACUGCUCAGUGGUAAUUCCAGCUCUUGGUUCUGUAUGAGCUUAAGAGUGCAGAGACGAAAUAAAAAGGCAGAAAGGAACCAGCCCAGCGUUUCAGGUUGGUGAUGCUCACAUCAGCCUGCACAGGAGAAACCUCAGUCAGGUGAAACCCUGUGCCAAGCCACCAAGGGCAGCAAAGAGGGGCUAAAUCUGUUCUGCAGGUCAGUGUGGGACUGAGCUGUGGCAGGAAGGAGCUGAGCCAGGUCUCAGGAAAGUUUCUGGAGGUGAGGAUGGAGAAACUCAGGUCACAGGGGCUCUGCCAUGGCUUUGAGAGGCCAGAGGGAAGCUCUGGCCUUGUGUGCAGCCAGGGAGUGCUGGGGGUGCCCACAGGGCCUUUCUGGUUUGUAAUUCUCCCUCAUCCCUCCCUGGGGCUCUGUCCCCCCAAGGGUGGGUUACAGCCCCAGGGCAGCUGCUUCUGCUCCCCCUUGGUUUUGGUGCUGAGCCUGAAGGAGAAUAAAGAUAAAAUGUGCUGCAGAACCAGCACUGAGAGGGAAGGGUGUGAGCUCCCAGCUGCUUCUGCUGUAUUUCAAUGGUUAGAAGGCAGCAGCUCCUCUGGACCAUCCAUCAUCCACAGACUGUAGUGAGUAAACCAUCAAGGUGGACAAUUUAACAUUUACCCUUUAACUGGGGGUAGCUCAGUUGAGAAAUCUAAAAAUAAAAUGUAAAAAAAAAAUCUAAAAAUAAGCAAACAAAAAAAACCCUAAAAACCAACAACCCACCCACAAAACAAAAAAAGCAAACAAACAGCUCACAUGUGAUUUCCAGAAGGAUAAACUGUUCCCUUUCCAUCCCUCAGACCUAGAGGGAAGGUCAGACACAGCAACACUUCCCAGUCAGUCAGCAACAGAAUGAAGCAGGUGCCACCAGGAGCACUUCCAAAAACCCCAGGAAACUGGUGUUUAAGGAAAAGCAAUAAUCACAUCACCCCAAGGCAGCAAGGAGAGGGUUUCCUGCCACUACAGGAGGUGCUUUCACCCCUGGAGGCCCCUCCCCAGCUCAAGAGUUUCAAAUCCCAUUGAUUUUCACCUCUCACUGGUGCUGGUGCCAUCCUGGUGCCUUGGCUGGGAUUGCUCACUCCAUGGAAAAUCACUUCUUGCCAUGGAAAAACCACAGAAGUCUUGUGUUAGAGAGGGAGAGGACGUGGGGCCAAGGGCACUCUUGUGCUGCCCGUGGAGAGCUGCUGGUGAUUUCCUCCUGGCAGCAGGAGCAGCUCAGGCAGAGCCCUGCCAGGGCUCCAAAAUUCACAGCCAUGAGCAUCAGCACCCCCCUCACUGCUCCCCCUCCAAAUUCAAUUUUACACUGAGAUGUUCCAGCUCUGUCUGUAGCUCUGGCUGGUUUUCCACAAAUGGGGCUGCUCUUUCUGGUGUUUUUUUGUCUCAGGUCAGAGCAGAGCAGGUAAAGAAAGCAAAUCCCAGACUCCCAGAACUGUUUGGAUUUCCAGUCUGGUUUCCACCCCCUGCCAGAGCAGGGACACCUUCCAGGAGACCAAGUCCAGCCCCACCUGCUCAAAUGCCCACAAAUUUAAAAAACCUUUUUCUUCAAAAUGCAUUUUCAGGGCCUUUUGGGGUUGAUGGCUCCUCACCUUAACAGACUUCCUUAAUUUUGGGGCUGCCUGACUUGCUGGGGGGAUCUGAAGCAGGGUGUGAGUUUGGGGUGACGCUGGGCUGUGCUGGCACCUUCCUCCCUCUGCCUCCAGCCACACAGAGGGCUGGCAUCCAGAAUUGCUGCUGGGAGCACCACGGGGCCAGGGCAGCUCCUGGUGACACAAGUGCCUUUCCUGGGGGUCCCUGUGGCCCUGCCAGGGAGCCUCCUGGGCUGGGGGGGGCAGAGCUCAGCUGGGUGGACACCUGGAGCUGCCCAGAGCCCGGGGAUCCUCUGGGAUCCCUCCUUCCCCAGGAGUGUCUCGGGGAGCAGUUUUCACCCCGCUCUUGGCCAGCCCCAGGAGCUGCUGCAGCAGCCUGGAGGCAUGGGGACAGUCCCCAGGGGACGUGGGAGGUGUGGGGAGGGGACAGACCCUGUCACCCCUGUGCUGUGGGACGUGCACCUGCUGUGGGUGGCUGCUGCCAUGGGGCAAGCCUUCAGGAGAGCCUUCCUCCUCCUCCUCCUCCUCCUGCUGCUGCUGGUGUCCAGCCUGGGGCAGCAGGUCAGGAGCCAUCUCCUUCCAGCUGCCAUCCCCUCUGGAGCCAGCAGGAGCCCUGACACCUCUGGGGGAGGCCAGCUGCUGUAGCAGAGUUAUUUUGGAGGGAAUGGAAGGCGGGUGAGCAUCAUCUCCUGAGCCCUGCAGAUCAAGGCACCUCAGCCCCCAAACCCCUCUGCACCACCCAGGCUCUGAGCUCAGAAAACCUCCUGGAGCACUGGGGCACCCAUCCUCCCAAAACUGAGCAUACAGGAGCAGCCAGCUCCAGGUGGGCAUUUCAAAAGCAGUUUUCUCUGCUUUUGGCACCAGCUGGUCACACGCAGAGCCCAGAGACAGAGCUGGGGCUGCUCUUUGUGGGGGCUGGCCCCAGCUGUGCAGGGGUGGCACAGAGGGGACAGGGACACCUCGGCAUCCCAACGUUCCUCAAAAGGCUCCUUUUUUAAUCACAGCAGAAGAAUUACUCUGUCUCCUUAGAUUUGCCACCUGGUAGGAGGAGCUGAUGCAGGACAGGCACCUUCCCAAGGGAGGGUGGCCCAUUCCAGGCCAUGAGAGGCUCCCAUUGCUCCAAGGCUGAGUUGAGGAAGGAGAUUUCGCUGUCUGUGGGGUCUGUAACCGUGUGCCCUUAGUCAGUAGGUGAGUAGAUGUUGCUGCCCGUAUCUAUCUCCCCUACCCAGUUGCUACGUGUGAACAAGUGUAUUUCUCCCCAGUGUUGUGGGUUCUGCCUGUGGUGACACGAGGAUGGAAAGGCAGGGAUGACCUCGAGCUUCCUUCUGUACAGGGUAGAGAGGAAACCUGGAUCGGUCCGAGGCACCGCUUGUAACUACAUUUGUUCAAGAAAUGUCAUCUUAACCCCAAACUGUUGACACUUUAUGCAUGUGCUAAUUAAAUUUAAAAUUUAAAAAAAAAAGGAAAAGAAUUAAUAAAGAUUUUAAGAGGUUACAGUA